AUGGAUCCAGAUUGGGAUGAGAUAUCCCGGGUAGCUGUUCCUCCUUCAGGACCCCACGUCUUACCAACUGUCGCGUCGACGAUGGCGUUUGAUGACACCCAAGAGCUUCUGUGGACAGGCAAUGAAUUUGGGCGAGUCACCUCCUUCUACGGACCAGAGCUGCAAAGGUACACGUCUGUGAAAGCACACCCCGCUUCUGAGGGACCGGUGCGCCAGCUUCUAUUCCAUGAGAAAGGGGUAUUAUCAGUGACCUCUAAAAGCGUUCAUCUUAUAUCCCGGCGUGGCCUGACGCUAUGGCAUCUCUCCCAUGAAGAGAUGGAAGAUCUCCGCUGCAUGAGCUUCACUCAGCAGGCUUCGAAGAUUCUUGUUGCUGGUUGCCAGCCUGCAAUGUUUCACAUUGACAUUGACAAAGGAACCAUUGUCGAGAAGUUAACCACGGAAUACAAUUACACGAUUAUGAAAAAGAGCCACUACUUGUGUGCUGCGACUGAUACUGGCUCUGUCAAUGCCCUGAGCCUAUCCGAUUUUAGUGUUGUGAAGAGUUGGAAGGCACAUGGUACGGUUGUUAGUGAUAUGGAUGCGCAGAACGACUACCUCGUUACCUGCGGCUUUUCGGUGCGGCAUCUAGGCUCGCCGAUUGUCGACCCUUUGGCGAACGUUUAUGAUUUGAAAACUUUGACUCCUUUGCCCCCUAUCCCUUUUCACGCUGGUGCUGCCUAUGUCCGAAUGCAUCCAAAGCUACAAACCACUAGCUUCGUAGCUUCUCAAACAGGGCAGCUCCAAGUAGUUGAUCUAAUGAAUCCCAAUGCUAUUAACCUGCGACAAGCAAAUGUCACGUUUAUGCUCGGCCUUGAGAUAUCACCAUCAGGUGAGGCUCUCGCUGUCAAUGAUGCUGAGUGCCUCAUCCAUCUCUGGGGUUCCCCGUCCAAGAUCCAUUUCAACGAAAUGAGCAAGGAAACCGAAUUUGCAGACGUUCCUUCACGCCCCCCUUUAGUGGAUUGGUCGAAUGAUACCCCCUUGAACGUGAUUGGAAUUCCAUACUACCAUGAACGGUUGCUCUCUGCCUGGCCAAGUCACUUGAUUUUCGAAAUCGGAAGCAUUCCUCCACAAGUCGAUCAGGCCAUCAUUCCAUACCUUCAUGCUGGGGAAAUAGGACACUAUGGCCCCAACCCACGAAAGACUCGGAGAUAUCAAGUUGAAAACACACGCGCGCAGCCAACGGCAGAGCCAACUUUAGCUGCUCCUAAAUUUUUAAGCGAGCGAGCAAGGGCUCAAGCAAAGGCCAAAUUUGACAGCACCAUAAGUGAUACGGCCGAAACUUUAGCGAAUACAACUAUUAAUAAAGAGGCAGGUGAAGAUCCACUUUUAAAAUAUGGUAAUGUCGAAAUCAAGUAUAGCAAAUUCGGAGUGGAUGACUUUGAUUUUAGGUCGGUUAUAUUUUCAAAAACUCGGUUUUGCAUCGAUGCUAAGUUCCUAUCUAGGUAUUACAAUAAAACUGUAUUCUCAGGAUUGGAGACGCACAUUGCCAACUGCUUCGCAAACUCUCUUCUUCAACUGUUUAAAUUUGUUCCGUUGAUUAAGAAUCUAGCCCUGCACCACGUGGCAACGAGCUGUAUAUACGACAACUGUCUCCUGUGUGAAAUGGGUUUUCUCUUUGACAUGCUUGACAAAGCAAACGGACAAAACUGUCAGGCAACAAAUCUAUUAAGGACUUUUAGCGGUUUCCGAGAAGCUACCAAUCUUGGUCUCCUCGAAGAGAACUUGACUACAAAGUCUCUCUCGUCGACCAUUCAGUCGGUCAAUCGCUUUUUCCUGCAUCAAAUAUCCCACGAUUUUCGAUUGAUGUUGCCUCAUUCUGACCAAUUAGACCGUACCCUUUCAACUGAUGCGGUUGAAUCAAUCCGUUGCAUGCUUUGCCACAACGAGACCGUACGCGCCGGAAAUUCAUUCGUCAAUGAGCUACACUACCCAGUGGUCGAUCCCAAACAAACACGACACAAUAAUUCCUAUCGAUUUUCAGAUAUCCUCAAGUCCAGCAUUGAACGUGAAACACAAAACCGAGGUUGGUGCAGCCAUUGUCGCCGUUAUCAACAGGUUUCGAUCCGAAAGACAGUUCAUAGGAUGCCCCUGGUGUUGAUGAUCAAUGCGGCCAUAAACAAUCCGAGCACGCGACAAUUGUGGAGCACACCUGGGUGGCUCCCCGAGGAGGUGGGGUUCCUCCUUGAAAAUGGCCGCAUCCAAUGCUUCGAAGGCGAGGAGCUUGAAGCAUGUAAACGGAAUGGAAUUCCAGGCCUUAUAGUAUACGAACUGGUAGGACUCGUGGUGGAGAUUGAUAUGCCAGAACAUCACAAGCCACACUUAGUUUCUUUCAUAAACGUCGCAAUAUCCUCGCGUAAUCUAAAUGAAAAGGACGGAUGGCAUCUUUUUAACGAUUUUUUGGUGACAGAAUUAAAUCGAGAUGAGGUGUUUUCAUUCAAUCAAUCUUGGAAGUCGCCUUGUACUUUAGCGUACCAAGUGCAGAGUUCCCGGCAUGGUGUGGAUGAUUCUUGGAAAAGCGAACUUGAUACUACCCUUCUGUUCUAUGAGUGGUCUAUGAACAACUAUCGUCCGACUGAAUCCUGCAAAGUGCUACAAUCAGAUGAGAAACCUUCGGCGCGAACCCCAGUUGCCUUGGAUACCGAAUUUGUGGAUUUAGAGAAAGCCGAAAUUGAAGUCAAAGCAGAUGGAACCCAAGAAAUUGUUCGUCCAAGUAAAAGCGGACUUGCACGUGUUUCUGUCAUCCGCGGCUCUGGCACUGCUGAAGGUGUCCCCUUUAUCGAUGAUUACAUUACCAUAAAAGACCCGAUUGUCGAUUAUGUCACACAGUAUUCGGGUAUCAAGCCUGGUGAUUUAGACCCACGGACAAGCUCUCAUAACCUUGUGCCUUUGAAGGUUGCGUACAAGAAGUUAUGGCUUCUGCUUAAUCUGGGCUGCAUUUUCGUUGGACAUGGCCUGGCUUCCGAUUUCCGUAAAAUCAAUAUCCAAGUUCCCAAAGAGCAGACUGUGGAUACACAGUACCUCUUUUUCCACCCUUCAAAAAACCGCCGUCUUAGUUUACGGUACCUUGCAUGGGCCGUUUUCAAGGAGUACAUCCAGGAGACCACCAUCUUAACCACUUCCGCUACGCCCUCGGAAUCUGGUCAAGCUGCCACUGCCAGCACAGUGGCGAAUACAACUAGUUCUGAAGGGCAUGACUCCAUUGAAGAUGCUCUCAUGGCUCUCCGGCUCUGGAAAAAAUUCCAAGAAUAUGAAGAGGCGGGCAUCGUAUCGCAAAUCCUCGAAGAGAUUUUUCGUGAAGGGUUUAAACUAGGGUUUAAACCCCCUUCCCGGAAUUCUUCUAAUUCUAAUCCCCUUACAACCGCCGUGGGCGCUGCUAUAACCCGACUUCCUGCCAGUGGUCGCAACACGCCUGAUAGAUCAAUGGUCGGAUCUGGAACGGUUAGCUCGGGGGGAAGCGUGAGUGGUAGUACACCGUCUACACCACGGCAAUCUUUCAGGAGAUCAACCGCCCUUACUCCUAGCAAUGGCAGUUUUGCAGGGAGCACCAGCAAAAGACCCGACAUUUUUGGGGGUAGCCCUUUGCGAUGA